AUGGCAGACACGGUGCAAAUUACAAUGGAAAAGAUGAUACCAGAGCUUGAAGAUCUGCAGACGCGCAAGAUCUUUUCGGUAGACGAAAUUCGUCAAAUUGUCGACAAACGUCGUGGUUUCGAGUAUUCGCUCCACCGUGUGCCAUUGCGCAAGAUUGAUGCCAUGCGUUACAUUGAAUAUGAGCUCAAGCUGGAUGCGCUUCGAGCAGCACGUAAGGAGAGACUAGGUCUUGAAAAGGUUACACUGGGUGACACGGCAGGCGUCAAACGAGUGCACAACAUUUUUGACCGCUUGUUGUUCAAGCAUCGUGGCAGCGUCGAGCUCUGGUUGCAGUAUGUGGCAUUUUGUAAGAGAGAAGGUAGCAAUCGAGUCUUGUCUGCCGUCUUUUCUAGAGCACUGCAGUCGCACCCACGUAGUGCUGAGCUAUGGAUCGAAGCAGCUUCGUAUGAAUUUGGUGUGAAUCUUAACGUGGACUCGGCACGAGUACUUAUGCAACGUGCUAUCCGUCUGAACAAGCAUAACCAAAAGCUCUGGCUUGAGUACUUUCGUCUUGAACUGCUGUACGUACAGAAGCUGGCGAUGCGUCGUCAAGUACUGCGUCUGGAUGAGAAGGCGGAGAAGAUUGUUGAUGAUGGAUCUGCUGUGCUGAUUGACGAGCUUCCGGAGGAGAAAUCGGCGGAAAAGGAUGAGAUUUCGGCUAAGUUGGCAGCAAAAAUGACUGCGAGAAAGAUUGUGCUGCAGGGAGCUAUUGCCAAGAUCGUGUACACUAAUGCUGUAGCAGCCAUUUCCGACGAUGUGAUGUUCCGGCUUGAGCUUUUAAAAAUUCGUGAUCUGUUCGGUGUGCACACGGCUGCGGAUCUGUCAGACUUUAUUUUGCAGGACUGCCUUGAGAGCUUUCCAAGUAGCGAAGUUGUGCAUGCUGCAAAGGCGUUACGCCCACUUUUGGUAAUUGAAGAUAGUGCUGCCUUUUGUUUGAGUGAGUCUUCGAGAGCGGAUAGUGCUGAUAAGCUCGAGGCUGUGCGUCAAGCCGAGUUACUGGUUGUGCACAGCUUUGAGACCAGCGUCAAAAAACUCAACACUGUUUCUAUCAAGGAGCUCUUUGCAGAAUGGAUAGUGACACGCCUUGCCUCUUUCAAUCAGACCGCGUUCUUGCUGGAGUAUGCCCGUGCCAAGCUCAAGGAAUUCGCACUUGCAGACUCAACUUCUUCGUCUCUUGCUAUCAAGUAUGUCGACUUGGUACACCGCACGGAUGGUACGAAUAAUGCGUUAGAGGUAGUGCGUAAGCUUUGCGACGUGUGCCUUCCACAGUCACCUGACGUUUGGCUGCUGCAGUCCCAGCUCGUGCUUCACACAGACUACGAAGAAGUGGAUGCAAGCCACCCAUCCUCUUCUAAGCGCCGCCGAACCUCGCGCGGCUCAGAUAUGAAGAAAGCUUACUUGAAUAGCAAUCCAAUGGAUGCCGCUGUGUCUGUGUUAAAAACAGCAUUGACAAAAAUUGCAACCGGUGAUUACGACGCGCAGUUUGCGAUCCACAGCCGCCUUCUUCAACUGCUAAUUAGCAUUGCGGAAACUCCGAGCAGUAUUGAAAAGGCAUUCAAGAACGCCCUAGGCUCGCAGAAACGUGGAUCAACAAAUUGGAGCGCUUUCCGCCAGCAAUACGUGGCGUGGGCUGCAAGCGCAACUUCACAGCACUCUUUGGAGUACGUUCGCUCGUUGUAUACCAAGUUUAUCGUAGACGAGCAAUUGUUGCCUACUUCAGAGACGUAUUCGUUUCUGUUGUUAUGCGUGGACAUCGAGACUUCAGCAACGUUGGUUAAUGUGGUGCAGGUGCGGAGGCUAUUUGAGAUGCUGAUAGAGCUUUUUGGUUCAACGCAAGAAGAAGUUUACGUGCAGUAUAUGCGCUGUCUAUCCGAACGUCUCGGGCUAUUUGCAGAAGCGACGCGCAUUCAGCAGCGCGCACUUCGCGUAUGGAAAGAGUCUACGGUUCUCAUGUAG